AUGGAACCGCCUACAGGCCCAGCUUCAUCCAGGUCCUGGCGACAACCUCGCACGCCUCGUGAACCACACACUCCUCGCCCAUAUAAUGCUCAAGUCGCUCACUCGAGCUCCAAGAAGUGGAUAUCACCCAGGCUCAAGGCGAAUAUCGACAAUAACAGCAGGAACCCCGGUAGCUAUGAUCGGUCGAGCAGGACUCCAGCGAACAACAACAGAUCUUCCCUCAUGGCGGCUGGCAACAAGAGUAGCAAUCGCAGCAAGAACUCGCAACAAAUCAAAUCGGCGAGCGGUCACACCCAGUACAAUUUCGAAAGAGAACAGGUGUGCCCAAAGUCCGACGUUUGGCCCAUGGACUUCGCCGUACAACAGCAUAGGCAAGACUGGGUGGCCAUGAGGCGUCAGCAGAACUUCGAAGCCUCGAAAAGAGGGCGUGCGGAGCGAGCAGAAAAGCGGCGUCUCGAGAUCACAAUCGGGGAAAGCUUCCCAGAUCCCACACCAAUUCGCCCCCUCCUCGAUAGCAGAAUAAUGAUGGGCCGCUUCAUUCAUCAUAAGUUCAUCCACCGCUCAAUACCAGCAGAAGACUUCUCACCCAUCCUGACACUGCAAACAGCAUUCCAUCCCGCAACCGAGAGAUGGAAGCCCGAUGUCGCUCCUUGGCCAUCCCUCCACGAAAGCGACUACGAAGGCGACAGUCGUCCAGGUGGAAAGCAAGAGACCGUCCACGGCCGCUUCCUCCCUUUACCUCGCGUCAAGGACCAGAGAAUCAACUGGCAGCAGCGCGCUCUGGCCAAGCAGUACCGCCUGGACGAUCGCUACACUAACAUGAACUUCGGCGUUGAACACUACAACUUCUUGGACGAACAUGGUGCGUGGACGAUUGGAUUCCACUUUAAUUCUUACAUGAUCAAUUGGCAGGAGAUCUUCUUUCGCUUGUACACGGUGCCGGAUCUCGAGUUCGAGAAGUACUACCCUGGUUCAUGUCCCGAGGAGGGAGAUGGGAAGUGGGUUAUUGAUGAUGAUGGGAUGCAUGCUCUUGGUGGCGAGCUGCUGGCCUUGCUUGGGGAGCCGGGGUACUAUGGUCCCCGGUGA